AAAUACUCCGCUAGACUGUGCUCCGUCCGGUGCACUGUAUGCAGCUUCGGUUGCUAAGGAACCAUUGAAUGCAGGUGGCAUAAAGAUGAUGGUGGCAUAGUGAGCAAGCGGGUCAGUCUGGCUGGUUGAGGUGUGGAGGGGACACCACAAACCAAGCCAGGAUUCUGACUAAUAAAAUUUCCACUGCCCUCAGUAAAUCUCCUCCUCACCCAUGUCUAUCCCUGGAUUGUAGCUACAAUUAUGGUGACGCUCAUCACAGAGCAGCUACGUAAGCAGAGUCUGGAAGAGCCUUAUCACAAGGCUUUCUCAUUCAAUGUGAAUGUGUCAUUGCCUGCAGUGGGCUCCAGUCCCACUGUCUCGUGGAGUGCUUGUAGAUCGAGACAAGAGACCAUCUCAGCUACAGCUACACACCCAUCAUCCAAAGCCAACUUUCUGGAUGAUUCCUGUGGACUUGACUCCCUAUGGCCUCCCUCCCACUCUGGAGAAUGUCUCCAGAGAACGGAGGUUUCCUUCACAGACAAGGCUCUCCAAAGCUCACCUCCGCCACCACCUCCAAAACGCCACUGUCGGUCCCUUUCUGUUCCAGAGGACCUGUCUCGGUGCCGCUCCACCUGGCAUCCUAGUGCAUCCAAGGUUUGGACACCAGUCAAACGUGUCUGCCAAAGUGGAGGAGCAUCUAGUUCAGGCUGUGGAGCAAGCUCUUUGCCACUUUGUGGUCCGAGUUCCUCUUUUGCCUCUUCCUCCCUUCACUCAUCUUCUAGCCCUACCUUCUUUAGCUUAGCACUGUCCUCUGACUCCCCACUACCGUGGAGCUUCCCAUGGGACCCCUGUGACACACUGAAAGGAGCCUGCUCUGCCUCCUAUGCUACUCCUUCCUCCUGCUCCUCUUCACCGGCCCCCCUAAUUUCUCACUCAGUGCUACAGCGCUGCUUCUCCCUCUCCCCUGUGCACACUGAGGAAACCUCUGUUGUGCUCCUGCCCCCCCAGCCCUCCCCUGCUUCUGCUCUGACAUAUGGCUGUUCUGGCAUGGAGCACCCAGCCCUGUCCCCAUCUCCCACUUCAGCCUGCAGUACACCAUCUUCCUCUAGGCGCGACCUGCAUCCAGCACUGCCGCGGUGCCACUCACAGCCCUGCGACAUGCGCAAACCUCGCUUGAAGAGGCGCCAUGACCCAGAUGUUCUCCCCUACCCCAGGCCUGGCCUUGACUUCAGCAAGAUGACACAGAUUGGUAAUCGUGAAAGCCUAGUGUGUGGUAAAGAUGGCUGCAUAGUUCCACUGUCUUCCCAGGCAGAACAGCUCUCAGCCUUCUCCCCUGCCGAGUUCCUGGGACGAGCCAGCAUUGGGCCACUAAGUGAAAGUGAAGAAGACGAGGAGGAAGAAGAUAAAAGAAAAAGGACUGCAAUGGAUGGAGGAAAAAAAAUUGUUUUUGAAAGAGACUGCACAGAACUGGACUUGAACCUUAUAGAAGAAAACUGACCACUCGAUGGUGCUCCCAGUGUGAUUACUGCAUACAUAACCAUGUUAAGCACACCAAUAGGCUUUGUCUACUCUUCUGGCAGAUUCCUUUGGAACGUGCUGCCUUCCUAAGAGUUCAUAAUCAAGAACCAAGCAAUUAAGGUUAUCUAAUAUCAAAUUACAAUGUUAUGAUUGUAACAUUUGAGCUAAUUCAUUGUUCAACAUCUCACUAAAAUGUCAGUGCCUGCCUAUUCAACACUCAAUAGGGAAGUGUGCAUGAGCAAAUAAGUGAGUUUUCAUGCACACAGAAUUUUGGCUAAUAUUUCAUAUUGCUACAAGUCUUAAUUAGCGCUAACCAUUGGUAUGCAUCUUGAUAUCCUUACAUAUCCUUAUCAAAGAACACUAUAUACUGCAGUAAAUGGAAUAUUCUUAAUUUUUCCUCAUAAGUGAUUCGAAUACACACUAAAGGCAAUAGCUAAAUGGGAUGGAGGUAAGCAUUCCUCAGUGCCCCAUCAGAUACUGGUGCGUAGACAGUCUACGUUAGUGUUUGGGUCUGUGAACUUGGACAAGUGUAUGUGAGCUGGUAAAGCUGGACAAAAUGAUUCCAUGUGUAGGUCAAAAUAAUAUGCGAGUAGACCAAAAAAUACAAUACUAUCCAUACAUAAAUGCUCUCCUGUACAUCAAAGAGGAUACAUUCCAAGAUUUUGCUGCAGUUCUUUAAAUCCCUCACACUGACUUUUUUUUUUCUUUUUUCCCUCCUUUUUUGAAAAAAAACCCCACAAAAAACCCCUCUCUUACUGCUGUUGUCAUCGAUUUAGCUUGUCCUUUUGGCGCAACUCUACAUAAUCAAUGGGAAGCUUUUCCUGUGAUAGGAAGGAUAGCUCACCCUUCUUGUUCAUAUGUUUGUUUUUUCCUGGAGUUUUUGAGUUUUCUCAAUUGCUUGGACAUUAACAGACCUUUUCAGCAGUCAUACUGAUGAUACUGUAAACUGACCAUGCCUUAAGCUUAAAAUACAGAGUUUUUGGUGCUCUGGUCUUAUUUCACAGCCAGACAUUCUUGCAAUCUCCAUUUGCGCUGAUUCAGAUAUUUUUGAACAGGUGGCACAUGCACUAUUAUAGUCAGUUGAAUAACUGACUCGAUGCUGCAGCUGGACUUCAUAGGGCACAAUGAAAUGUACUGUACAGUGGUUAGAGUGAGUACACACGUCGAGCCAAUUCUGAGUGUAUGUGACAAAGGUGGUAGUGAUGCAAAUGAUUUGGUGGCCUUUCAGCAAUGAUUUUUCAUGUGUUUUCAGAUGGAAAUAUUCCUGUUGCACAAUUUAUGUACAAAUAAAAUUUA